CGCCGCCCUACUCCAAGACAGGAGAUGGGGAAGACCCUGGUGUGGAAAACCGUGUGGAUUCACAACAUACUUGUUGAUCUUCUCUAUUAAAAUAGAAGGGCGUCAUCCUAGUCGGACUAAAUCAGUGUAUAGGAGGAUUCUUAUCUAACCAAAAGGCGGAGGAGAUCCAGAGUGCCACGGAGGCAACACCGUUUGAAACGGAAUGGAUCACAAACCGUGCCGAGAGUAGGCUAAUUAACCUAAAGCCGUUUCCUCAUUUUUCCUCGGAUAUUUAAUGUUUUCAACUCUGCCUCUCCAUACGGUCUGAUGAGCAAACCUAAAGUUAAGAUUCAAGGAUGAAAGAAAACAAGCACAAAUGUAGACUGUAACUUUUCCCCAUCCGGAUCUUGCCUGUUGGACAAAUUGGAACUCGGUGGAACUCUCGUUAGUUCAAAAUGGAGAAAUCCUCAACGGGAUUGAAUAAGAAUGGCUCGCGAUCGACCGCAUCACUACCCCCGGAACCGGCGUACAUAAUCCACAGCAAGUCAUGCUACCGCCGGGUAAGGCUCAACGUUGGGGGUCUUCCACAUGAGGUCCUCUGGCGAACGUUGGAUAGGUUACCACGCACCCGGUUAGGGAAACUACGAGACUGCAACACCCACGACUCACUCAUGGAGGUAUGUGACGACUACAACUUGGAUGAGAACGAGUACUUUUUCGACCGGCACCCAGGGGCGUUCACGUCCAUUUUGAACUUCUACCGGACCGGUAAGCUCCACAUGAUGGAGGAGAUGUGCGCCCUGUCGUUUAGUCAGGAGCUGGACUACUGGGGCAUAGAUGAGAUCUACCUGGAGUCCUGUUGCCAGGCCAGGUACCACCAGAAGAAAGAACAGAUGAACGAGGAGCUCAAAAGAGAGCAAGACACCUUGAAUGACAGAGAGGGAGAAGAGUUCGACAACACGUGUUGUGCUGAGAAACGAAAGAAACUCUGGGACCUUCUGGAAAAGCCCAGUUCGUCUGUCGCAGCUAAGGUAACCUUUAAUUCUACAUAUCACAUGUGGACAGUAUGCAUUUAA